UUUAAUCAAAGAACUGAUUAAAUAAAUGCCUGUAAAACUAUUUCCAGGACCAUACUGAGAUUGUGAGGUACCUGGUGAACAUGUGCUCUCUGGAGGCUGUUGAUGACUAUGGGAUCACAUCAUUAUUUGUAUGGACAUCACCAAUGCUUGAAGAUUCUUGCAAAUGCCGGGGCGAAUGUGAACUGCCAAGCAAACGAUCUGGCCACGCCGCUGCUGAUUGCUGCUCAGGAGGGCCACGUACAGUCUGUGGAGCUUUUGCUGGCUCAUGGAGCUGAUCCCAACCUGUACUGCAAUGAGGACUGCUGGCAGCUACCCAUCCAUGCUGCGGCCCAGUUCAGUCGGCUUAGGAAUGGCAACUCGCUGAUUCCGGUAACGAAGCGAGAAUGUGAUCGGGGCGAGGGAAAGGUCAGUCCAGUUUAUUUGGCAGUACUUAGCGGGCAAGCGGACAGCCUGAGGGCCUUGCUAAAGAAAGGCUUCAGUCCAGACGCCCAGAGCUGUCGACAGUUUGGCUACAGCUGCCCUUUGGACAUGGCUCUGUGGUGCAGCUCUUGGAAUUUGAACAGCGAGUGUCACCAGAUUCGUGAAGUCACUUUGAUGCUCUUGGCAGCAGGGGCGUAUGUGAGCAUGGGCAUUUAUGCCUUUGCAUUACAGGACCAAGUACCAGAGCACCUGCGCUUGAUUCUAGAGCACGCUGGCCUCCCUCAAGGUGAACGACUCGAAGAACUGGCCCGUAGAGCCCUUGCUGAGAUGCAGAGCACCUCUUUCUGGCUUCCCCUUCUGCUCAAAGCGGGAAUGGACCCCAUGCUGCUCCUCCAACUCAAAAUGCUUGAAGAAGCCCAGAACGGAGUGCUUAAUUUCUUUCUGGAGUUCAUUAAUUGGAAGACUUUGCCCUCAUCAAUGCUUCAGAUUCUCUCUCACCGUCAAGCAGAUGGCACCUGGACAUCACAGAAGCAUUUCAGUAUGGCUUGUACACUUUAA